GAGGACAGCGGCGGCGGCGGCGGGUACCGGAGCGACGACGCGGCGUGUGUCUUUGUUGGGAAGCGGCGGACUGGAUGGUGGAUCUGUUUAUCUGACGGAAUUGGACCGGGGGGGCGAGUAUAACUUCGCACGGGACAAAACCCGCCUUCUUUCAUGUCAUCCAGCGAUCUGUUUCGCCCGGCGUGUUGACGCCAGCGGAGAGAGAGAGAGAGAGAGAGGAGAGGAGAGGAGGAGGGAGAGAGAGAGAGAGAGAGACGGAGGCUGUCGGAGGAGCGCAAUUUGACAGAUCGGCGACAUGAAUAUACACGCGUCUCCGUGCGCCAGCCGUACGGGGUAGAUGCACCAGACGUCCGCGGCAUCGGAGGAGGGGACGCAUCCGUGAUUUGUUGGGAGCCUGCGAUGCAGCAGCAGCGUGGGUCUGCGUGAAGGGGAGACGAGGAAGGAGGAGAUGCUCUGCCGCUCGCCGGAGGUUCUGCGCCGCAGGGCAGCGCGUUAUUGACGACCCGCACGCCGUGCAAUAAUGCACCGACUCACAACUUUGUCCACGCGCCUCACGCAACGCGAGACGUGUCGUGAUCGCCUCUAAAAAGUGCAUUUCCUCUGUCAGCCCGGCGACACCAACCCUUCUUACCCUUGAACAGAGCUUCUGUUAAAAAAAUACGCCUGUGCCAUUUAUCUCCCGGCUCUUUGUGCUGCUUCAUGGUUUUUACACGCCGGGAUCCUGCAGCCUGCUGAUGCCACCGAUAAAAAAAAAACAAAACCAAACAACCUCUGGAGUUGUGUUGGCAGAUGAUUGGUAAACUGCAGAUGUAGGCAGGCCCAAACCUUCGCUUAUGCAGAUCCGAUCGAUGGCGAGAUAAAGACAGCUCGAUCUGGCUCGAUCGGGCUGUGCGCGCUCCUGUCUGCCGCUGUGCCACGGGGGUGUGUUUCCAGUCGAGGAUUUUUAUUUUUUUUAUUUUUAUUUUUUUACACAAGUCGCGAGGAGACGCAGCAGAGAUCACACACACACACACACACAUCGCCGGGAGACGUCUCAAGAAAAGUUUCAAUGGUGUUCCGAAAGUUGCCCGGUGUGUCGGCAUCGGGCAUGGGUCUGCGCCUGUCCCAGAAGUUCGUCUUCCUGCUCUUCCUCUCCGGGUUGGUCACUCUGUGCUUCGGGGCCCUUUUCUUUCUGCCGGACUCGGUCCGGCUCAAGCGCAUCUUCCUGUCCAAGACGGAGAUCCAGCCGGUGACGGUGGGCUCCGGGUCCGAGAACGAUGUCCGGGAGCACGUGAAGAGACCCAAGGAGCAGGAGCACCUGCGGGGCAUGACCCCGGCCAAGGGGGACGGCGGCGGGGGGAAGGCGAAGGGUCUGAGCCGGAAGCCCUCCGUGUCUCACGAGGCCACCGAGGAGCGGCUGCCCGGGGGCAGAGCGCAGGAGGAGCCCGGCCUGUCCCGGUCCAAACCGGAGUCCGCCUCGGAGAGGGCGACCUCCUCCGACCACCGCUCCGACUCGGAUACUUUCAGCUUCCACAGGUUCAAGAGGUGUCUGGCCAAAGCCCCCCUGGGGAGGGACGGCGGCAAACCCAGCGACCCCCAGACCCACGAGCGCAGGGAGAAAGUCAAAGAGAUGAUGAAGUUUGCCUGGGACAACUACAAGCACUUCGCCUGGGGCAAGAACGAGCUGCGGCCUCUGACGAGGAACGGCCAUAUUGGCAAUAUGUUCGGUGGCCUGAGAGGAGCAUCCAUCAUCGACUCACUGGACACGCUGUAUAUUAUGGGAUUGAUGGAGGAGUACAAUGACGCGAAGGAGUGGGUGCAGACCAGUCUGGACCUGAACUCGAACGGCGAGGCGUCGCUCUUUGAGGUGAACAUCCGUUACGUCGGGGGGCUGCUGUCGGCGUACUACCUGACAGGAGAGGAGUUGUUCAAGACUAAAGUGUUGGAGCUCGGAGAGAAGCUUCUGCCCGCCUUCAACACGCCAACAGGAAUCCCCCGAGGAGUCAUCAACCUGGGGAGCAGUGGCACCAGCUGGAGCUGGGGCUGGGCCUCGGCCGGGAGCAGCAUCCUGGCUGAGUUUGGGACACUUCACCUGGAGUUUGUGCACCUGAGCGAGCUGUCCAACAACCCCAUCUACACGGAGAAGGUGAUGAACAUCCGGAAACUUCUGAACAAGAUUGAGAAACCCCACGGCCUGUACCCCAACUUCCUCAGUCCAGUCAGUGGCAACUGGGUCCAGCAUCAUGUUUCCAUCGGCGGCCUCGGGGACAGUUUCUACGAGUAUCUCAUCAAAUCAUAUCUGAUGUCAGACAAAACCGACGAGGACGCAAAGAACAUGUACUACAGCGCGCUGGAGGCAAUCGAAGCCAACCUGGUGCAGAAGUCGCCGGGCGGCCUCACCUACAUGGCCGAGUGGCGGGGAGGGAUCCUGGACCACAAAAUGGGCCACCUGGCCUGCUUCUCUGGGGGCAUGAUCGGCAUCGGGGCCGACGACGGAGCGCAGGAGAAGAGGCAGCACUACCUGGACCUGGCUGCCGAGAUCACACACACAUGCCACGAGAGCUACACCCGCUCAGCCACUAAACUCGGACCUGAAGCGUUCAGAUUUGACGGCGGAGCUGAAGCCACGGCGACCCGGCUGAGCGACAGAUACUACAUCCUGCGACCGGAGGUCAUCGAGAGCUACAUGUACAUGUGGAGGCUGACCCACGACCCCAAGUACAGGGAGUGGGGGUGGGAGGCUGUGGAGGCCCUGGAGCAGCACUGCAGAGUGGAGUCCGGCUUCUCGGGGAUCCGUGACGUCUACACCAUGACGGUCAGCCACGACAACAUGCAGCAGAGCUUCUUCCUCUCAGAGACUCUCAAGUAUCUGUACCUGCUGUUCUCCGAUGAUGACCUCCUCUCCCUGGAGGACUGGGUCUUCAACACGGAGGCCCACCCGCUGCCCAUCGUCCGCAGGAGCUGCAUGCAGGACGGAGCCACACAGGACAAGACGGCCUCCAAAUAAGAGCCGAACGCCCGACGGCGGCCGCGUCAGUCACGGACACAUCUGCACACUCAGAGACACACACGGAUCUCACAAAACAGCAAUUCUCAGUGCAGGUUCAGAGUCUCUUUCAGGAGCGGCGCCAGGACUCUCGCUUCCUUUCCAGUAAAGGAUGUUGUGAUUUUACGAUGUGAUUGUAUAUCCUUUCGCCGGGGUUUACUUCCUGCUGGCGCCUCUUUUUUGUGGACAAUCAAGACAAACAUGACUUUCAUGAAAAGAGCACCUUUUUUCUUUCCUUCUUUCCUCUGUGAGGAAACCAGUAUAACUUACAGACCCAAAUGUAUGGCGGGAGGGUUGAACUCUGGGCCAUAUUGUCACAGAAAGAGAGAGAGAAAUGUAUAGAAAGCCACUUGAGUUUUUGCUCCUUGUUUUUGUCGUUCUGUUAAUCUGGAGUGACGAAUGAUUUCCUUCGAUCUUGUCAUGGCAUUUUUUCCUUUGUGAUUUCACUCUUUGACCAAAGGUUUCUUUGCAUUACUGUUUCCCUCAUUUGGAGUAAAGUGUUUUUUUUUGGUGAGAUUUGAUGGAUGGUUUUAAAAAAAAAAAGAUGUACAAUGAUGAUUUGAUAUUGAUUAAUUGUACAGACGAACAUGAAGUGUGACCGUCGAAUCCACCUCCAAACUAAUGUUGAUGUCAUGUUUCUUACUGAAACAAGUUUGAGUGAUCUUUUUAAAGUUUGGAGGUGAAAGCGAAGCGGCUGUCUUAUGCAUCCAGGGACCUUUUUUUUU